AUGCAUCCCUAUAGACCUCCUCCGUCGCAAUCAUUGGAUCAGACCAUCCACGACCUAGCUUCUCAGCAAGCUACCUCGAAGUUCAUCGCUUCUAUGGGAAGGAAUCCUAAAGAGCAAGAUCUCGGCUCUGCUCAAUACAGUACGGAAUACUGGAAUGCCCAUCAAUACUACACAAACCACUUCGCAAUCCAAGCGAAAGAAAGGUCGGAUUGCCAAACUCACAUUGAAGUAGCAACUCGUACCGAUCCAUCAUCAAGUACAGACACGACUAAUAUUCAUUCCCAUAACGGGGGAUACUGGACUCGUGUCGACGGGACUAGGUAUGGUAUGAACAGAAUCCAAUAUGAACAAUUCCCUCACGAUAGCGGAGCUGGAACUGCCGCUACUGGAGGUGGACGUGAUUAUCGACCUGAUCGUGGAAGUCCGAUCUUAGGUAACACUUCGGGUAUCGAUCUAGCUAUCAAUGAUCAGGUAUUUGAUCAGAGCUUUCACCAGCCUAGUGAUGGUGCAUCUGCCCAAGGUCAUCGACGUUCAAGUCAUGAUAAUAAUUCUAGUCAUGGUAAUCCUGGAUAUCUAGGUUUACCAACUCAUCAAAACCCAUAUAGCCCUCUGUCUGUCCAAGGAUGGUCCGGAGCUACUUCUCCUGCUCCUUCCGUAUCUGGAUCGGACGGUGGUGCAGGAUACCCUUAUUAUGCUCACGGCUCGGGCUCAGAGGGAGAAGGAGGAUAUGAUGUGUCACAAGUUCAUACUCCGAAUUAUCCUGGAACCUACUAG